AAUCACUGUGACCUUUCACGCUCUCCCUGUCUCUCUACCCCAAGCAAAUCGCACCUCCUUCGUCGUCUUCUGCUGCUUCCGCUUCAGCUUCUCCGACCUUGCGAGAGCCGAGCGAACUCCGACCUUCCUCCGCCAUGUUCCGGCAGGCCGCGAAGCUCCUCCACCGGCCCAUCCUGACCCCUUCCGCGAUGAGGGCCUCCUCCCGCCCUUUCUCUGCCGAUCUCCCGGCGGAGCAGACCGCGGACGCUGCAUUCGUCGAGGCGUGGAAGAAGCUGGUUCCCAACAUCGACCCGCCCAAAACCCCCCUCUCCUUCAUGCUACCAAGGCCUGCCACUCCGUCUUCCAUCCCGUCCAAGCUCACGGUCAAUUUCGUCCUCCCAUAUGCCUCGGAGUUGUCCCAAAAGGAGGUGGACAUGGUCAUAGUACCAGCAACAACAGGACAACUUGGUGUUCUUCCUGGACAUGUGCCAACUAUUGCAGAACUGAAACCUGGACUAAUGUUGGUUCAUGAUGGAAAUGAUGUGACAAAGUACUUUGUCAGCAGUGGCUUUGCUUUCAUCCAUGCUAACUCGUAUGCAGAUAUUAUCGCUGUUGAGGCUGUGCCGAUUGAUCGAAUUGAUGCGAGCCUGGUCCAGAAGGGGCUUGCUGAGUUCACCCAGAAGUUGAACUCAGCCUCCACCGACUUGGAAAAGGCUGAAGCACAAAUUGGAGUGGAUGUGCAUAGUGCUCUCAACUUUGCUCUAACCGGUUAAGGCUUCAAAACCUUAGGGCCGUUCUUGGUUGGUCAUUUUCAGCAUUUAUCCUUUUGUUUUAUGUGCUUGAUUGACAUCUAGAUCUGGCUUGAGGAGAGAUGUUUCUGACAUUUUGGACUGUUUAAUCCUGCAUGAAAAUUUCCUUGAUGAAAUAAUCCUGAAGUAUAUUGUUUUUUUAGCUUUCACAAUUUAAAAAGGGCAUUU